AUGGGAAAGAAGAAGAGGACAAGGGCGGCGCCCCCUAAGAAAGCCGGCCGUAGCAAGUUCUUCCCAUGCCCGGUCUGUAACACAAUUGAGAGUGUAGGGUCUGAGAGGAUAUCGAAGGAGGGGGUGUUCGUUUUGACCUGCAAGAUGUGCAAGGAGAGAUACACUUACAAGUAUGGUCUCUUAGACACGCCGAACGAGGCCCACCGGAGCUGGGGCGACUUCAUUUACAAGAAAAAGAAGUACGGCGUCCCUUGUCCUGGCUUUGGAGACUGUAAGUGCAACUUCAAGGGUAUCGCUAUCAUAGACUUUUUUACAGAGAGAGACGAGGGCACAGGAAUCGAAAACUACUAUGCUAGGCUCACUUGUGGAGAGUGUGGCACGUCUAUCAGGCCCCUCUAUACCAACGAAACCAAGGCUGAAUUUAAGAAGCGUAUGGAACAAGAACAUGCUCGUGGACGUGACGAAAGAAGAAAGAGGGAAAACGACGACAAUUAUGACGCUAGAUUGGUCUCACCGGAGGCGCCCGUGAACGACUACAACGACUAUAAGGGUGAUGCUUCUAAGAAACGGCCGAGGAACAGAGGUGACAGCUCCCACCGCAAGGAAAGCUCCAGCUCUGAUAUUCUGGAUGACGACCAGGAGAUUGCUUCUCAAAUAUCAGAGCCGCGUUCUGAGGACGAUAUCUGA